AUGACCCCUUCCUCUUUUGACCGGCUACUGGACCUUGUCAGGCCAUUUUUGGAAAAAACUUCCAUCCGCAGAGCCUUCCCACCCGGAGAACGGUUGGCUAUCUUCUUGAGGUUCAUUGCCAGCGGAGAUAGUUUCCAGAGCCUGGAAUAUCUCUUCCUUGUGUCAGAGAGCUCAAUAUUUAAUAUAGUCUUUGAGACGUCAACUGUCGUUUGGAAUGUUCUUCAGCCUUUAGUAUUUGAGAAAUUUUCAGAGGACAUGUGGCUUCAAAAAGCAGCAGAGUUUGAGGCUUUGUGGAAUGUGCCUCAUUGUGUUGGUGCAGCAGAUGGCAAACAUGUCCGCAUCCGGGCACCUCCUCAUUCGGGAUCAAAAUUUUACAACUACAAGAGCUUCUUCAGUACCAUUCUAAUGGCAGUGUGUGAUGCCAAGAUGAAGCUGCUUGUAGUUGAUGUUGGAUCAUCAGGUCGCAGAGGAGAUGGAAAUGUAUACCAUCAAAGUGAAUUUAGGAAGUUGAUGAAGGAGGAGAAGUUGAUGCUUCCCGGCAAAUGCCACGUUGAUGGAAUGGAAAAGAAACUACCCUUCUUCUUUGUGGGAGAUGCUGCUUUCCCUCGUAGUCAAGAGAUGGUGACCCCAUUUAAGGGUGAGUUUCUCGACCCCGAGAAGAAAGUUUUCAAUUACCGGGUCUCUAGAGCAAGAAGGGUGAUUGAAAACACUUUUGGAAUGCUUGAGCAACGGUAUGAAGUUUUCUCCAGAUCUAUGAAAAUAAGCGAAGCUCAUUGUAAAUCAGUGGUUCUAAGCUCCACUGCUCUCCACAAUUACCAUCUGAUGGAUGCAGAAUCAUCUAUUCCAAGCCGCUUGAAAACCAGACCCGGCCCAUAUGAAGACCACCCAAAAGAAGGGAAAUAUGGGAGAUUCAAGAACGAAAACACCGUCAAUGAGAGCAGCAUCUUUCAGCGACUUCAGAAUCAGAAAUCAGAAAUGCAGGAAUCUGAUGAAGAGAUGGAAGUGGAUGACAUGACGGAAGAGCUAAUAGACUAUUUCAUUGAAAAUGACCUUCCAUGGCAAUGGGCGUCAGCUGGUCUUACCAGAUAA